CUGGUAGAAGCAAAGUCAGGCAAACACAAGCGGGCAGGCACCACCGGGAGAUCAGAACUUCUAGCUGGCUCUCUGCUGCCACAGCUCCACCGAAGGGUGGGGGAGGAAGAGGGGGAGCCUUGCCUGGGGAAUAAACCCACAGCUCAGAGGAGAGGCAGGUGUGUGCAGGUACAUCACCUGGAUCAUGAGGUCAUCCCUCUGCUGGAUCCUCCCACUUCUCCUCAUCUUGGCCUCAGUGGCCCAAGGCCAGCUGACAAGACGCCCCAGACCUAGGCCCAGGCCCAGGCCCAGACCCAGGCCCACACCCGGCUUUGUUCAGCCCCAUGAGCCAUCAGAGCCUACAGACCUGCCCCCUCCCCUCCCACCAGGCCCUCCAUCUAUCUUCCCUGACUGCCCCCGGGAAUGCUACUGCCCCUCUGACUUCCCUUCUGCCCUCUACUGUGACAGCCGCAACCUUCGAAAGGUCCCCGUCAUCCCACCCCGCAUCCAUUACCUCUAUCUCCAGAACAACUUCAUAACUGAGCUCCCAGUGGAGUCCUUCCAGAACGCCACGGGCCUGAGGUGGAUCAACCUGGAUAACAACCGAAUUCGCAAGAUAGACCAGAAGGUACUGGAGAAACUACCCAGUCUGGUUUUCCUCUACAUGGAGAAGAACCAGCUCGAAGAGGUGCCGUCAGCCCUGCCCCGGAACCUGGAGCAGCUGAGGCUGAGCCAGAACCAGAUCUCCAGAAUCCCACCCGGCGUCUUCAGCAAGCUAGAGAGCCUGCUGCUCCUGGAUCUCCAACACAACAAGCUGAGUGAUGGCGUCUUCAAGCCCGACACCUUCCAGGGCCUCAAGAACCUCAUGCAACUCAACCUGGCCCACAACAUCCUGAGAAAGAUGCCACCCAAGGUCCCCGCGGCCAUCCACCAGCUCUACCUGGACAGCAACAGGAUCGAGACCAUCCCUAAUGGAUACUUCAAGGGCUUCCCCAACCUCGCCUUCAUUCGCCUUAACUACAACAGGCUGUCAGACAGAGGGCUGCCCAAGAACUCCUUCAACAUCUCCAAUCUGCUCGUGCUCCACCUGUCCCACAACAAGAUCAGCAGCGUGCCCGCCAUCAGCAACAAUCUGGAGCACCUGUACCUCAACAACAACAGCAUAGAGAAGAUCAAUGGGACCCAGAUUUGCCCCAACAAUCUAGUCGCCUUCCAUGACUUCUCCUCGGAUCUGGAGAACGUGCCACACCUGCGCUACCUGAGGCUGGACGGGAACCACCUGAAGCCGCCCAUCCCACUGGACCUCAUGAUGUGCUUCCGCCUGCUGCAAUCCGUGGUCAUUUAGGCCUUACGCUGCCCCUGGGUCUCCUCUGAGCGCACUUGAAUGCUAGUGGCCCACGUGCCGGUGCCCACCAUUCGUUUUCUCUUUGUUUUUUGCUCCCAGCUUUGCCUUUCUCGUCCCACCUUCCUGAGGCAGGGCCUAGCCAACACACGCCGCUGCACCCGCGGCUUCUAGAGCAAGACGUCUAAGGGCUAGAUGGGGUUCACCCCGCUCACAGACACCCACAGCACACCCAAACCUCUAGCCCCAGGAGCUAAAGACUUCACAUCCUCUUCUGUCCUCCUCCUCCCUGUCACUGCUGGGUAAGUCCGGGCCAUGGACUGACGUCGGAACUUGGUCCUGGCCAAAGCAAGCCGAAGACGGUCGGGAGGAGCCCAGAGGUGAGGUUCGGCAAGUCCUGCUGGAGACGCCGCCAUGAUGGACAGCUCCGGCCCCAGAAGGCCCCUUAGCCAAGGAUCCCGCCUUCUAACACUGCCACCCCACCUCCCUGCCCACUGGCACCACACACAUCGUGCUGGCUCUUUACCGCCUGUGUUCUCCAGCAAGGAAAUGCAAGGGAAUGGCCGAAGGAAGGCAGAGGGUCGGGGUUCCUGCAAGGAUCCACAUCUGGCAGUCUCUUCACAGGGAUAGCUGGGGCUCUCCUCAGCACACACCCUUCUGGCUGGGCCUCGCUCUUUCCAGAGGAAGGACAGGGAGGAACAGCCCAGGAAAGUAGCUUUAAGAACUAGGUAUCGGCCAGCGGGCGAGGGGAGGGAGUCAAGAGCCCUGGGGUUGGGCCCUUGUGGGUGCAGAUGGUCCCACAGCCCCUUGCCCGUCUAGACAUGAGGCUAGGCCUCAGGCAACACAGUGUCCACAGGGAAGGGUGCAGAGUCACUAGCCCUGCCCCGCCAUCUGUUCUCGAUCAGUGUGGACGGCCCAAGCCUCUCCAAAGCCCGGAAGCAGUUCACGAGAAAGUGUUCUGGGAGAGGCGGAGCACCUGGAAAUCUCCCAGAAGCCUCCUCCACAAGUUCAAAUUGGCUUCCCCCUCUAAGGCAGACGCAUCAGUGACACCUGGUGGCUGGUACAGGUCACAGCUGGCUCCCGUCUUCCCCCUCGCCUCUCUCUGGGGUGGUUUCACGAAGUCAAGGAGCCGGCCUCAGGUUCCAACUUGAAGAGCCAGGGGGGAAGUGCACAGUCUCCCUCUCCUCUGGGAUGCAAAGGGCGCGAAGGUACAGAGGCCUUGAGGCCAGGGGCUGAUUCCUAUCGUGGGUGAGCACAAGUGGGAACCUUCAGGAACGCAGGUGAGGAUAUGGCUCGUUCCUGUUUGCUGUCUGACCUUGCCGGCCCCUUCUGCCCUCAGUCCCCACAUCUGCGCACCGAGGCCUCUCCAGCAUUCAUGCUCUAGUCUGCAGCUCCACUCUUUAAACCAUGCUCUAAUUAUCUAAUAUUAUCCCUUUCCCUUGCAGUAAUUUAUUCCCUACCUGGACUGUCUCUCCCCUCACACUUCCCCACCCUCCCUGCCCGGGCCAAGUGAGGGGCUUGACCGGCCUCCAAGCAGAGCCUGGACCCCACAGGACCUGCUCCCAUCCCCUGUCCCUUCCGCCCUCCAGGGGACGCGGCCCCUCUACAGCUCCCUAGUGUACAUGUUGGUGGAGGUGAAUGUUCUAGAAAUAAGUAAGACACCGUGCCCACCCAGUUCCAGAGAUGUUUCAGAAAUUGGAUCAAGCCGGGUCCUUAACUUCAAGAAAUUCCCAUUGUACUUGAUCUCGUCUUUCUCUCUUGCUCAUUUACGGAAAACGGGGCCCAUUUCAUCAUAGCCUCCCCCCGCCGUGCCCCCCACCCCUGCUGUGCUCCCAUGUAACUGCCUCAUUCUUCCUAGCUGCAGCUGGUUUCUCCAAGGCUCCUGCUUAAAGUCAGUAUAUCACUGUGGCUAUAAGCAAGCUCGUGCUAAGCCUGGAUAAGCCCCCCUUCUGCACCUUCACACCUUGCAAACCUCAGCCCCUCACAUGGGGCCCUCAGGGGGAGCACAGCUCCUGUGGUUCCCCUGAGGGCAGGGGUCCUUUCUGGUCCUGCAAACCUAAACUGUUUCGCUCCAGCAGCAACACAAUCGGCAUCAUCCCAUCGGCCCGUCUAGAUUAAGUCUGCUUCCUCCGUUGCUCCCUGCAGCUGUAAGCCAGAAGGGAUUUCCCUAGGAUUUGAGGAAGCCCCUCCUCCACACACAAGUUCAUUCUUUCAGUGCCAUUGACAUCUACGCGUCCAGGUGUGUAAGUAGGUGUGUAGGUUACUCUACAUAGAUCUGUUCUUUCUCCAAAACCAUGUUAACUUUGUGAAACAACUUCUACAUCCCAACACGCUUCACAGCAGAGGAAAUAAAGUGAUAUGAAAAAUA